AACUUAGUCCCCAGCCCAGCCCAGCCCAGUCCAGUCCACUGGAAGGUGUCGAAUUAUUGGCAGCAGCUUUUUUUUCCCACUCCACGCGUGCAGUCUUGCAGACUCAUACAAGGCAACCGCUGAUCAACCUCAGGCUGCCUUUGGUCUGCGUCCUCUAAAUCCAGGCCUCCAUUAUUUCCUUUCCUACUGACUCAGCGGAGCUGAACAGGUACUGCCAGACGGCAGACACCAUUAUCCCAAUCUUUCAGUCUCUCCUUUACCAGAUCCCAAACUUUCCCAUCGCAUCCAGCCCUUCAUUCCCACGAACCCGAGAGGUUCCGCGACAGCGUCGACACGUACACGUUCCUCGACUACCUGUUUCCAACAAUUUCUGGUCUUUCGACUGCCCCCCCUCCCCCGGUUUCACCUUCAAACAUCCUAUGCGCCGCUAUUGAGGUUGUAUCGAUAAUACCAAGAGCAUACUGUGAUGCGCCUCCACCAAAACGUGCACACGCGACAAACAUGGUCAACCCAGUAGGCGAAGAGAACUGGCUUGCCUAUCUCGAAGAGAUCGUCCGCAACGCCUCCGACCUCGAGCAGCGAGUCAAUGCUGUCGAACAUUACAAGCUGGCUGUUGGCUCUGAGCCUGGUAGCUUGCGCAUCUGGCUUGCCUACUGCAACUACUUCUGGUCCUUGUGGGAAGCUACUCAGACCCCUACAGGCCAUGGCUGGUCUGAUGAAGAGCGCAUGCUCGGCCGAGAGCUCUUUUCCUUUGGCGGCGCUCUCGACUUGUGGCAGCAAGGCUACGAGGCUAUUCGCUACCGCCUAGGGGAUAGUCAUCUGCUCUGGGAUCGCUGGAUCUCACUGGAGAUGGAAUUGCUGGCUAAGACGAGAACCCCUGAAGGCAUAAAGCGCAUCACGCAUCUUUACCGUGACCGCCUGCUUACUCCCCAUCUUACCUGGGACGAAACAUCCCAGAACUUCUCUACUUUCCUAUCAGAGUAUAACCGCACUGCAUGGGAGGAAUCCAUGAAGGAUGUUACCACCAAUGCCCAGGAGACGAAACGACUGAUCGCCGCUCGAGACCCCUACGAAUCUGCUCUGAAGAAAGCGGUGGACGCAGGCGAUGUCGAAGCCCAGAAAACGGCCUUCACUACGUAUCUCGAGUGGGAGAUGCUUCAGAGUAAGCGCAGCAACGACAAUCCCGAAAUUGGAAUUGAUCUAUGCCGCGGCCUCUACGCACGUGCUCUCACCGGUGCUCUUGCUACAGACCAAAAUACCUGGUACGAGUACAUCGUUUUUCUAUCCUCAUCCAACACCGAUCUCCAAGCGCCGAGCAGUCUACUGGACGUACUCCGUAGAGCUGUUCAGCACUGCCCCUGGUCCGGCCUUCUCUGGAAUAGAUACAUUAUGUGCGCCGAAGAGGCUAAGCGUCCAUUCGCUGAGGUUGAGUCCAUCAAACAUUCUGCAACUAGUGAGGAUCAAUUACUCAAAGAUGGCAUGGAGGGAAUGAUCGAAAUGUAUGUGGCUUGGUGUGGGUUCCUGAAACGCAAUGCUAUGGAUGCUAGUGCCUCCGACGAGGCUGUUGAUGUUGCCGAUGUCGGUCUUAUUGCAGCUCUGGAGGACGUUUCAGUUGUUGGAAAGCGACUCUACGACAAGGACUUCCAGGGUGACCCCAAAUUUCGACUUGAGCGCAUCUACAUUCAGUAUCUCACAGAAAAGAAGGGUGCCGUGGACGAAGCUAGAGCUCAGUGGAACAAACUGGCAGCCCUACAAAUCCAUGCAGAUAACCACGACUUUUGGUUCAGGUAUUAUAUGUGGGAGAUGCUCAUCUUCUCAUCAGCCGGUGCCCAAGACAACAGAAGCCCUACGCCUUCGUCUGGCGGUGGCACUUAUCGAAUACCAACUCUAGCUACUGCUGUUCUUACCCGUGCUGUUGCUCGCAGAACUAUUGACUGGCCAGAGAAAGUUCUGGAGGUGUAUAUGCAGCAUUGCAACGACUAUGAAAUGCCACUGCCGUUGCGAAAGGCAGCGGACCGGGUUCACAAGACCGGGAAAGAAGUAAAAAAGCGCAGGGAACGGGAGGAACAAGAGAAGGCUGCGGCCUAUGCCGCGUACUAUACUGCCCCUGAAACCCUAGAGAAGGGCCAGGGGGUUACAUCACCGGGUGGUUCUAAGAGGAAAAGGGAUUUGGAAGUUGACCCCACAGAUGGACCUGAAAACAACAGCAAGCGACAAAGGAAUGAGCCCAACGGGGUGGUGUCUGAACAAGCUCUGGCAACUCAACACGGCCAGCCCCUAAAGAGAGACAGGGAGAAUUCAACCAUCCUCGUCUCCAAUCUUCCGGCCGAUGUUGAUAAAACCAAGCUUCGACAAUAUUUCAAAGAGUACGGCCACAUCAACAACAUAACGGCUCUGGUCCGCGAGGAGAAGACCGAUUCCUCGACAGCACUCAUCGAAUUCAAGUCCCCUGAAGAAGCUCAAUCCGCCUUGUUGAGAGACGGCAAAUACUUCGGUCAGUCACAACUUACCGUAAAGCUAGGGAACGAUUUGACCGUUUACGUUGCAAAUUAUCCUCCUGCUGCUGAUCAAAAGUACAUUCGCGACCUUUUCAAAGAUUGCGGCGAGAUCUUGAGCAUCAGAUUGCCCAGCCUCAAGGUCGAUGCCCGACGCCGGUUUUGCUAUGUCUCGUUCCGAGAUCAGGAGGCAUCAGCGAAAGCUGUGAAGAAAGAUGGCACGGUUCUUGAAGGAGGCUUGAAACUACUCGCCAAAUAUUCUGACCCCAGUCACAAGAAGGCUCGUGAAGGUGCCCUUGCAGAAGGCAGAGAGAUACAUAUCAGCAAUUUGGAUCGAACGGCAACCGAGGCGGAUCUGAAAGAAGUCUUUUCCAAGUAUGGCAAUGUCACGCGAGUCAAUCUCCCCCGCAACCUGGUGGGUAAGGCUAAAGGAUUUGCUUUCAUUGAUUUUGCGACCAAAGAGGAGGCCGAUAAGGCCGUGGCAGAAAUGAACAAUACCAAGUUCAAGAGCCAGAUCCUAGAAGUUGCUCUUUCCAAAGAGUCAAAGAUUAAACGUGCUGCAACAACCGUUGUUGCGGAUACCGCCAGAAGCUCGCCUGCGCCUUCACCGCACGAUGCUGAGGGUGACGAAGCAAUGGAAGACGCACCCGAUGAAGCUCAGUCUAAACCCACCGCAGCAGACAUCUCAGCAAAGACGAUCGCUCUUAUGGGCCUACCUGAUACUGUGAACGAUGCACGAAUCCGAGCACUCGUCGAGCCUUUGGGUGCUAUUGUGAAGCUAACUGUGCUCCCUGGCAAUGGUGGCGCUAAAAUCGAGUUUGUCGAUGCAGCCACUGCGGGAAAGGCGAGUUUGCAGCUCAAUAGUAUGGACUUUGAGGGUCAUAAGCUUCGAACUGGCACAAUGGAUGAACUUCGGCAAGCCAAGGCAGAACGUACCCAGGACCGUAUUGUCUACGGGAAAAGGGACAGGGACAGGACCAAGAGUCAAGAGCAGAAAACCAAGGCUGCAGGUAGCUCGUCAACCACUCUCAUGCCACCGCCAACUACAAUCCGGCGACCAGUGCUUGGGAAACCUGGCCCUCGCCGUGGUCUUGGCUUCAAGCCCAGCGCACCCAAGCCAGCUCAGAAUGGCGAUUCUGAUACCUCGUCAAAGAAGAGCAACGCCGACUUCAAGGCGAUGUUUCUCGCCAGUGGCCAAGAUAACAAGAAAGGAGACGAAGGAGAAAAGCCUGGGUCUGAAUCGUAAGUGCAGGGUCAGUCGCUGGCUUUGAGUGGUAUACUGAUGUAGCAUAAUGUAAUUCAUUAAACUUCAAUGAUAUCCAGGGGACUAGGGAAGGGAAGGGAAUGUUUAUUAGAUGGAACUGUACGAAUAAAUGCAGUUGUCGAAUGCGAACCAAUCAAAUCAAACCUGAGCUAUCAUGCGGUCUUAUUCUUUCAUUUGCGUAUUGCUUAGAUGACUUUCCACUGAUCUUCAAAGCCAGGUCAGCUAUACGCCAAUCACUCCCCAAGAAACUCUGGCAAGAUAAACAAUAAGCACCUUCCUCCCAGCAUGUGCAACUUGUCUCCCGUUCUGGUUUCUGGUAUCCUAAGAUGACCUUGAUAUUCAGUUUACCGCUAGUCAAACAAGACACCCAUAUAAUACGUAUUCUCACCCCUUGCUCAUUAUGCCCGCGGUAGAUCUAUCCUGAAAAUCUUGUGUGAAGAUCCUCUGCCAAACAUCAAGCCACUUUUCUUGCUGAGCAGUAGGAAGCUUGCCUGGCUGCUUGAAAGAUCUCGUUAAGAGCUCUCGUAAACGUGUCCGGAGGACCUUCAUGACUAGCAUAGUUUUCCAGUCUGGCACAGCAAAGCGACCGCGGUUCCCAUCAAGAACGAUGACUCCGGAG